UCACUGAGUGGCACGUGGAGAGGCAGUAUUUCAUCAAGCCCAGGAGGGACACAGAGCCUCCCACUGAAGCACAGUGUGUGAGAGAGAGAGAGAGAGCAACAGAAAAAAUAUAUUGAAGAAUAUAUAGAAAAGAGAAUAGGAACAAGAAGACAUAGGAAAGAGUGGAAGGGAGGGAAAAAGAAAGGCAUACAGACAGUGGGUGAAAAAGUGAGAGACAAGAAAGGGGAGUAGAAAGAGUGCGAGGGAGAGAUAUAUUGCCUGCAGAAAGAGAGCAGCACAGAAAAAGACAGAAGGGACAGAGAAAGACAGAGAGAGAGCGAGAGAAAGAGAGAGAGAGAGAGAGAGAGAGAGAGAGAGAGAGAAAGAGCUUCUUUUUCAUUAGCUGGGAUGAACCAAGCCUUCAACUCUCCAACAGCGGCACAUGAUAGCUGACGCAAACAGACAUACACAGACUCAUUCACACUCACACACACUCUCUCACUCACACACUUUGACUUUCUGGAAUGUAUUUGCUGUCUGCCAGAGAGUGACGGGACCAGGCAGCCAGAGCUGAUUCACCACUGCUCAGUGUUAACAGAACUCCGGACAAUAGCUGGAAAAAGAGAGAGCUUCACUCGGCAGCAGCUUCAUACAGAUGCAGUGACAACUUACCACACACACACACACACACACAAACACACACAACACACACACUCACACACAACACAUACACACACCAUUCAGGGCUUCCAAGUAUCCUUGAGAGGCAGAGGGCAGUGCUGGACGGAGGAGCAUGCUGUGAAAAGGAUCUUUCCUCUCCUCCACUGGUGAUGAUGAUGAGAGAAACACAGCCCGGGCGGCUCAACUUGGAUCACUGACACUUGGCGGCCAGACUGAGCGGGCGUCCCCGUGUCCAAGGGCUUUAGAGAGUGUGAGAGUGAGCCGAGUGUGAGUGUGUCUGUGUGUGUGUGUACACACGUGCACGUGUGUGUGUGUGUAUGUGUACGAGAGAGCUUGGAGCGUCGAAGUGAAGAUGCUGGCGAUCAUUUUUCUCCUGCUUGCCGCCUCAGGAUGGAACCUGAUCCAGGCGACGAAGAGUGUCCACCCCCGGCUACGGCUCUCCUACAAAGAGCUAUGUGAAAUGAACAGAACAUGGGUGUUCCAGGCCCCAGAUGGAUCCUUGCAGAAGCCCACCAUGCUGCUGGAUGAGUCCAAGGAGAGACUCUUUGUCGGGGGCAGAAACAUCCUUUUUUCCCUAAGCCUGGAGAGGGUCAACACCAAUCACAGCGAGAUUCACUGGGCCGUGUCUGAUGAUCAAGUGGAGGACUGCUUGAGGAAGGGACGAGAGAAGUCGGAGUGUGCCAACUACAUCAAGCUGGUGCAGCAGCAUGACAGUGCCCACCUGCUGGCCUGUGGGACUGGCGCUUUUAACCCCGUGUGCACCCACCUCAAGAAAGGACACUGGCACAAGGACGUGGACGUGGAUGUGGAUGUGGAUGUGGAGAAGCAGGAGAACGGUAGAGGGAGAAGCCCAUAUGACCCCAACAGCCCCAUCACCGCCACCAGCUCCAGGGGGCAACUCUACGUCGGCCUGUACACUGAUUACUGGGAGAAUGACGCAGCGCUAAGUCGCCUGGGCAACCAAAGUUACACGAGGACAGAGAGUUAUGACCGUCAACAACUGAAUGAACCAAAAUUUGUUGGCUCAGCCGUGAUUCCCGACAAUGAUGACCCGGCCGAUGAUAAGGUGUACUUCUUCUUCACGGAGCGUGUGUCGGACAUGGAGGGAGGGGGCAAGGCUGUGCACACACGAGUGGCCCGCGUCUGUGCUAAUGAUGAAGGGGGUCAGAGGAUGCAGGUGAAAAGGUGGAGCUCUUUCCUGAAGACCCGUCUCAUCUGUUCUGUCUCAGGACCUAACGGCAUUGACACUCACUUCGACGAGCUUGAGGAUGUAUUUGUUAUGAAGAAAAAAGACGACAAGAAUCCAGAGAUUUUUGGACUGUUCAGUACCACAAGUAAUGUGUUUAAGGGCUAUGCGGUGUGCGUGUACAGUAUGGACGACAUCCGGGCAGCAUUCAACGGACCCUUCGCCCACCGGGAGCAGGCCGGACACCACUGGACCAUGUACGAGGGCAGGGUGCCUUUCCCCCGGCCCGGGUCGUGUAAAAUAAAUGGUGGGCAGUAUUCCAGCUCCAAGGACUUUCCAGAUGAAGUCCUGCGUUUUGUGCGCACGCACCCACUGAUGUUCAACGCGGUACGGCCCCGCCAACACCGGCCCAUCCUGCUGGAGACGGGUGGCGGACGCAACUUCACCCAGCUGGCCGUGGACCACGUAGAGGCAGAGGAUGGACACUACAAUGUGCUCUACAUUGGCACUGAUAAAUCUGUUGUGCUGAAAUACAUCACUAUCUACAACAAAGAGUCGGACACCAUGGAGGAGGUGCUUCUGGAAGAGCUGCAAGUGUUUAAAGAACCAGUGCCAGUCACAGAGAUCUUGAUCUCCGCUAAAAGGCAACAGCUGUAUGUGGGGUCGGAGGUCGGUGUUGCACAGACGCGUCUGCACCAGUGUGACCUCUACGGCUCGGCGUGCGCCGACUGUUGCCUGGCCCGUGACCCCUACUGUGCCUGGGACGGGAUCACAUGUUCACGAUACUACCCCGCUGGGCACUACACCAAGAGCCGGAGAUUCAGGAGGCAGGACAUCCGACACGGAAAUGCUGUUCAGCAGUGUAAUGGGCUUCAGAUCAGUGAGGACCACAGAGGCAGAGUGGUGGAGAAGCUGCUGUAUGGGGUGGAGAAUAACAGCACUCUGCUUGAGUGCAGCCCCAGGUCCCUGCAGGCCAGACUCCUUUGGUUUCUGCUGAGAGGAACUGACAUGGAAGAGAUCCCUGGAGACGAGCGGGUGGUGAGGACGGGCCACGGGCUGCUGUUCCUGCGCCUGCGCCGGGCCGACGCCGGCACCUACCUCUGCCAGUCGGUGGAGCACGGCUUUGUGCAGCCGCUGGCCCGCAUCACCCUGGAGGUGCUGGAGGAGGAGCGGCUGGAAGGGCUGCUCCACCGCGGGGGAGGAGGAGGAGGAGCUGGGGGUGAAGGGAAGGAGGAGAGGGAUGACGGGGGUGACGUUAGCCCCCUGCACCGGUCAUCUGCGGCCCUGCCCUGCCCUUUCCCCAGCCUGCCCACGGUGCCAGCCACCUCCAAGCUGUGGUACAAGGAGUUCCUGCAGCUCAUCGGCUACAGCAACUUCCAGCGCGUGGAGCAGUACUGUGAGCGCGUGUGGUGCGUCGCCUCCGACAAGAAGAAGAAGAAGAUGAAGGCGCUGGCACCCAAGUGGAGGUUCCCCCAGGGCACCGAGCGGCGCCCAAAACAGCGGGCGCCGCGACACACUCCCGAUUAGAAUCAGUUAGGGAGCGAAGGGAAGCUGCGAAGGAGAGAGGGAGGAAAAGAGGGAGGAAGAGAGAGAGAGAGAGAGAGAGAGAGAGAGAGAGAGGAAUUGACAAAAAGACAGAAUGGAAUCAAGACAGAGACUGAUAACAGAACCAUGAACUUUGCCUAGAGACAGAGUUGUGGAUAGGACAGACAUUUCAAACAUAAUCAGUACCACAGUUGUUGAAAGCAAAUGGCACAGCCAGGCUGUAGUGGUGAAGUGUCGAAUUACACCUCCUGACAUUUGUGUCCAUUUUCACUCAAACUGUGCACAAUGGAUGAUAAUAGGAUAAUGUGAUAAUCACAUGCAUUUCCCCUUGCUAAAGCUGGACUGAUUUUGGACAUUGGGGAAAUGAGGACAUUUGAAUGCCAUUAUCGUUGCCAUGGUUAUGUCAGUAUAAAACAAAUGCUCUGCAGGCUAAUGCUCCUGUAAUUGACAGGCUGUGUGCGGGGUUUUCUUAGUGCGUAGCUCUCUUUGUGCAUUUUCCUCUGCAUGUGUCCCUCUGCUUAUCCGCUACAACAGACUCCGAGGAUAUUACUUGGCUUGUAAAUAACGAUGUGAGCUUUCAUUCAAAGACCACUGAAAGAAGCUUGGUACACUGACAAACUUGAUUCAAAAGGCAUGCCACUGGUUGAUAGGCUCUUAAGUCUACAAGACUAAACUGUUCAUUGCCAAAAGGUUUGGGUCGGAAAGAGAGCGAGAUAGAUCAGCUGAAUUAUAACGCACACCUCAUACGUAUUCCUCCAGUCUGUGUCAUAUUACUUAAAUUAUUAUAAUGGGUGUAUUGUACGUCUUUGUUAGUGGUGUUAGUUUACCUUUACCAAGAAAAAACAAAACAAAACUGGAAAUGCCAUACUGAUGUGUAGUAGAGACUGUAUGAAAGUAGAAUUGUUUUUUUGAAUUAUUGUUAUUAUUUACUACUACUUAUUUAGUAACAGGCAUGAUGAUUUCAAUAGAUAUCAGACUUGUUUUUAAUUCAGGUGACAAAAAUGAUUUUUCUUUAAGUGAUAUAAGCUCUACAGUAUGUCGCAAAUCAACAUCUCAGCUGAAGUGAGUCUAAUACUUGAACUCAUCCUCAACAGCAGUUGAUUAGUAAAAACCACUAUAAAUAAGUUCACUAUUGCUGUUUACCUGUGUGUGAAAUGUACAUGGCGUAUAGCAUCAUGUGUUUUGGAGGUCAGUGUCAUGCAGUGAAGGCACCUGUAAGAUGUCAAUAAAUAUUAUGACAAAUA